AUGCAGUUGGUCAUUGGCGUUGGCAUUGACAACGACGUCUCCAAGACCAGGCUGACCAAGCAGAAACUCACAUUCAACAAUGGAGGACGGAGCAGCUCCAGUCUGAUGCAGUGUUGGUCAGCGUGGGAGGAGGCUCUCGGCCUGGAGGCGCGAUUUCUCAACAAGAUAUACGACGAGAAGCGCAGCGCACUCUGCCAACUGCGACGCGAACAGCGACGCAAACGACUUGGAAAUACAACGCCAACGUCAACGUCAUCGUCAUCGCCAUCGCCAACGCCAUUGCCCAUUACCUCUCGCACUCGCAUUCGCACCCGCACUCUCCAUCUCAGCAGCAACACCACCAACAACAACAACAACAGCAGCAGCGCUUGCAGCCCCAAAAUGGGAUCACGUCGCAUUUUUACGCCGCAAUUUAAGUUGCAGGUGCUGGAGUCGUAUCGCAACGACAAUGAUUGCAAGGGCAAUCAGCGUGCCACAGCCCGCAAAUAUAAUAUUCAUCGCCGCCAGAUACAAAAGUGGCUGCAAUGCGAGCCAAAUUUGCGUUCCUCCGUUGCCAACAAUCAGCAUCAGCAGCAACAGCAGCAGCAGCAGCAGCAGCAACAUCAGCAGCAACAUCAGCAGCAACAUCAGCAUCAGCAGCAACAGCAGCAACAGUUGCUGGCGCAACAGCAAGCAACGUUAAUUGUGCCACAACAGAAGCCGCAUCAGUUUCAUCAGUUGCCACAUCCUUUGGCUCAUCAUGUGCAUCAUCAUCAUCAUCAUCAUAAUGCUGCUGCUGCCGCCUCGAUGGCAGCAGCUGUUGCUGCCGCAGCGCGGCAUCAUUUGCUGGCAAACGGCUUUGCGCCGCAUCCACAUCCACAUCAUCAUUUUGCAGCUGCAACAGCAACGGCAACAGCAACAGCGGGACCACAGCCACCACCAAUAGCACCACCGCAGCAGCAGCAGCAACCAUUGCCAUUGCCCCAUAGCAAUGGGAAUGCAGCGACAACAGUUGCAGUUGCUACCGCAGCCUCAACUGCAACGGCAACAGUUGCCACGGCCAGCAGCAGCAGCAGCACCAACAACAACAACACGCUAUCGGCAGCCAAAAUUGCGGCCGUCGUUGCAGCCAUUGCCAGCAACAACAACAACAACAACAACAACGGCAGCAACAGCAGCAGCAACCAUUGCAGCAAGAAUUGCAGCAGCAACAACAGCCACACAGCGUUGCCAUAUUGUUCAAACACAACACAACAGCAGCAGCAACAAUUGCAGCUUGGCUGUCGCAAGCGUGCCGCCCAUGAUUUGUGGGUGGUGGGCAUGCCGCCAGCGGAUAAACUGAGCAAGCUGGAGGCCAUCAAAUGCGAGCCGAGCGACAAUGAGCUGGAGGACGAUGUGGACAUCGAUGUGGAGGCCGAAGCGGAAGCGGAAGCGGAGGCAGCAACUGUUGCUGAUCGCAAACUGCCCGCCAAACAGGUGAAACUCUUCAAACCCUAUCUGCUGGACGAGGCAGCCAAGCAGCCGGAGGAGGAGCAACAGCAGCAGCAGCAACAGCAGCAGCAGCAACAGGAGCAACAGGAGCAGGAGCAUGAGCAACUGGAGGAUGAGGAGCAAUUGCAGCUGGAACUGCGGGUGGAGGACGAGCGGGCUGCCGAUGCGGAUGAUGAGGAGCAUGCAACGCUGAAUGGUGCCAGCACCAGCAGCAGCAGCAGCAGCAAGAAGAAGAAGCGCGUGUCGCUGAAGCAACAACGAGAGUCCAUCAUCUGGAGCAAUCAUCCAUUUGCGAGCGGCAGCAACUGCGGCAGCAACAGCAGCAGCAGCAACAGCAACAAUUGCUUUCAAUCGCCGCCGCCGCCGCUGCUGAUGUCGUAUGCAACGCUGCCGCCGUUUCCCGCCGGGAGUCCUCAGCAACAGUUUCAAAAUGGCGCCAGCAACAGCAACAGUUGCAGCAACAGUUGUAGCAGCAACAGCAGCAGCAGCAGCAAACCAGCCACGCCCACAAUUAACGUGCUCAGCCCAUUCUCGGCGCCGGCGCUAUCGCCCAUCGGCUUCUGCUGCCCCAAAGGAUCGCCUGUGUCCGGCUACGAGAGCAGCUCCUCCACGUACAGCGACAGCGCCAGCAUCAGCGCCAGCUCCAGCUCCACACACGGCUACAGUCUCAAUCUGCAGCUGCAUGCCGCCGCCUACAACGACAAUUUGAUGCAACAGCAGCAGCAACAGCAGCAGCAGCAGCAGCAACAGCAGCAGCAACAGGCGCAACAGCAACAACAGCUGCUGCAGCGCUGGCUGGAUCAGGAGGCGCUGGCACGUCUAACCUCAGCUGCUGCUGCUGCUGCAGCGGGCACAACGGCAAAUGUUGCUGGCGCAACGGCAGCAAGCACGCCCAGCAAUAGCCCAAGGGCAGCGCCCAUAACGCUGCUCGCCUAAGCAGCAACACAGCAACAGCAGCGGCAACAGUUGCUGGCGUGCACAGCAGCAGCAGCAGCAGCAGCAAACAGCAACAACCACAAUCAAACCCACCUAGCAAGGAAUGGGGGGCGUGGCCUUGGGCCUGGUCCUUGGCCUUGUAAGUUUAUCAAAUAUAUAUAUAUAAAUAUCAAGUCUAAA